UGAAAGUGAAACUAAAAUGAACCUCUAGUUGAAGGGGAAAACCAGCGCGAUAAAGUCUACUUUGUUUGAGUGUCAGACAGCAAGAAGAAGACACAAUCAUGACGAACUGCUCUACGAUCUACAAACUGUCGCUGGUUGCAGUGGUGUGCUUCAUUAAAGCCUGCAGCAGCAGCUGUCCAGUGUUGGAGUGCUGGUUGGUGCAGGAGAAGACGGGUCGAGGAGGAGGUUUAGCUGCAGCUACAAGCCAGGAGAAAUCCCUGCUUCACGUCCGAACAGACCGCCACACCGCAGAGACCCAACAGGCUCCGUCCAACAUCGACCCCGACAGAGUCUACUUUAUCAGCGACCCAGCUGCCACUCUCUGCCACCGCUCUCUCAAUCCUCCCAGAGGCUCAGUCGAGAAGCCCCAGUGUGAGAUCAACCCCUUCCUGCCGCAGCCCUCCACCCUCAAAUGGGUCGCUCCACUCACAGACUCCGCCUCCAGCCCCAUUUACCUGCAGGCUGACUGGUUUUCCACCGCCCUUCAGGGCCUCAACGGACAGCUGGCCAUUUCCACUAUCACGCGUGCUCCCACAGCAACCAAAGAGCAGGAUGUGAUCCUGAGUGUGACCACUAAAACCGUCUCGGUGCAGUCCAGACUUGGGGAACCAGUGUUGCUGGACUGCGGCUUCUGGGUCGACCCCUCCUCGCCUCUGUCCGGGUUGGGUUUUGCCGUAGAGUGGCGCUACCAGUUCCGAGGCGACGGACGCUUGGUUCUGGCCUACGACGGCAAAACGGACCGCUUGGCUGAUGUCCAAGAGGAAGGGGCCACGCUGGACUUUGAGGGUUUGCGCCAGAAAGGGAAUGCGUCCCUGAUCCUGCUGGAGGCUAAAGUGCGUCACUCCGGGAUGUAUAUUUGUACGGUGUAUCUGCCGUACCUUGUGGCUCAGGUGGCGUUGGAGCUUGAGAUUAUAGAACCUCCAUCCCUCUCCAUCCACCCGUCCCCUCUGCCCCUCGCUGUUCCCGGCCGGAAUUUGACUGUCCAGUGUGAGGCGUCCGGCUUUGCCCCCCUCUCCCUGGAACUGAGCUGGGAGUUCAAAGGCACCGAUGGGAAGUCCAGGCCUCUAGGAUCAGGCAGCGUAACGGGCCACAGGCAGGCCUGGGAUGGAACCUAUAGCCAGAGCACCCGGCUGGAGCUGGACACAACCAAGCUGGACCUGGGCCCAGGAGGGGAGGUCACCUGUGUGGCUGUCCAUCUUGGAGGCACACGACGGGCCAGCGUGACCCUCAAUGUCAUUGGGCUCAGCACCCCCUCCAUUGAGGACUCGAUGGCAAUGGUCGGUGUAGCGCUGGUGCUCUACGGUCUUAUAAAGUUCGUCUCUUGGACCUUCACCAGCUCAGGCUCAGAUGAGGCUGGUCAACAAGACAAGAAAGACAAGUAAAGAAGAACGAAGUCAACUGCUGUGGAAGUGUGAUACUGAACCAACAAGCCUGUCUGUUUUGAUAUCUAGGAUGGGGUUUCAGAAGUGACUAUCCUCCAGACAGUUAUGUCUUUUAGUUUAAGGCUAUUGUGUCUCUCAAUUUUACCUUUUUUUCACAGGUCCAGUUCUGCUAGGGUAUCAGUGGCAAAGGGCUUCUGCUCAGUCUAAACAUGUUUUUUGUGAUAUUUCUGUCACUUUAAAGCGAUAUAGCUGUUAUAUCUUAUUGUCCUCCCACUGUUUGCAUACUAUAUUUUGUCACAGACACUGGAAGGGUGCCAGAAAGUUAGAGGAAUUUUGAAAUAGUGUUGAAAUAUCAGCUUCAAUUUGAAGAUGUUAAUGCUUCCAUAUGAUUUUCCGCUAUGUUUAAGAAACAGAAAGAAUUAAAUUAACAUUGUUUAUAAAUGAUCCAGGGCAGUAAAAUUACUAUUGGACUAAACUGUCCAAACCCACAAACAGAAUCUUGUUUUUGUAAAUAUAGAAAAAAUAAUGUAUGUAUAUUCUGACAUUUUUGUUACUUGUGUGUUAGAGUGGUAUUGCUUUCAUUUUGUGUUGGUAGGAAUGAUGCUCCAACAGCCUGUGCUAAUGCACUAUUCAACUUCUAUAGACGUGUGAAGGAAAUGGUACAAACAGAGCACAUAGUUCUACCCCACGGAAAAUCUAAAUUUGUGUUAGAAUUCAAAGAUUAUAAUUAAAGUGCCACAUUCUUGGAAAACAAACUGAAAA